GAGAUCAUAAUUAAUUGGUUUUGAAAUUGAGUUUACCAUUUUUGCCGAUCCUUCACCACACACACCAAGGGUGACGAAUACAUAGCAGCACGUACACCGUCCAAGCUGCGCGCAGUACUUAUCCAUCAGCGAAAAUGGGAAAACAAGCUGAAGAAAAUGAUAAUAAAAUGGUUAAAAUUGAUGAUGAAGUAGCCACAGAUAUAGAAGAGGAAGCUAGAAGAGAUUAUAUCAAGAUUGAUGUUGAUCCAUUGGCAGAUGAGCUAGAAAAUAUGAUAGCUGAUACUGUGUCAAUGUUACCCAAGUAUAGUCCCUGCAUCUUUAGAGUCCCAAACAUUUUGUCAAGGCAUAAUCCAAAAGCUUAUAAACCCAAUGCUUGGCCCAUUUCACUACAACCAACUACAUUUGAAACCCACUCAGAAAAUCAAACUGAGGUAUUUGCAUGAACUCAUUUCUCCAAUAAUGAGUAUGGAUGAAUUUAUAAAAGUUAUGGUAAUCGAUGGUUGCUUCAUCAUUGAAUUGUUUUGCAAAGACAACAAUGAUGAGCUUAUAGGAGAAAAUGACCCCAUUUUUGGUGUGAAUUGCAUGAUGUCAAUGCUAACUCAUGAUUUGAUUUUGUUGGAAAACCAAAUACCUUGGCUUGUUCUUGAAUCUCUGUUCAAAAAGAUCAUAACUCCAGACCAUGUAAACCUCCCUUUGAUUACACUAGUCACAAAUUUCUUCAACAGCCUUUUUUGUAGAGGGGUAGAAAUUUGUCAAGAGGUUCACAAAUAUGAAAACUUGCACAUUCUUGAUCUAUUAAGGAACUCGUUGGGUUUGCCAUCUAGUAUAGCAAAACAAGAAACAAAUACUUUAUCGAACGAUGAGUGGCAAGUUUUACCAUCAGCUACAAUUUUGGUUGAGGCAGGAAUAAAGUUCAAGAAGGCUGAAAUUAGUAAUAAUAUUUUGGAUAUUAAAUUCAAGAAUGGUGUAAUGGAGAUUCCUUCUCUAUUCAUUCAAGAUGACACAGAGUCUCUAUUUCGGAAUCUAAUAUGCUUCGAGCAGUGUCUUCCCUUUUGUGAAGAAGUAAUCAAUUCUUACCUUACAUUUUUGGAUUAUCUUAUUAAUUCCAGGAAAGAUGUUGAAAUAUUCUCAAAGGAAAAAAUUAUUGAAAACUGGAUAGAUAAUGAGGAGACAGCUGUAUUUCUUAACCGAAUCGUUAAUGAUACUAGUGUAGAUCGUUUCUAUUAUUUUGAUCUUGUGAAUGAGGUGAAUAAGUAUUGUCAACGUCGAUGGCCAAGAUAUCGAAGAGUGCUGAUACAUGACUAUUUCAGACAUCCAUGGGCAUUUAUUUCAGUUUCUGCAGCAGCUAUACUACUCAUUCUUACUAUCGUACAAACUAUAUUUACUAUCAUUAAAUAGAUUUUAUGUUUUCUACUUUGCUUGCUUGUUUAAUCAAUUUAUUGUUGUAUUUUGCUUUAAAACUUGUUUUUCCUGAGUUGUUGUGUGGUUGGUUUGGUUAAUUACAAUGAUUGUGAUAUUUAAGUGUUCAUUUAAAUAUACCUUAAUUAUGUAAUAAUUAUCUAUUUCUUUCACAUGACAUCAUGUCGUUCCUAUAUGGAAAAUGUAUAGUUAAUAU